AAGGCAAUACAAUCAAUCAGUAUACAUUAAUUUUCUCUCUUCUCUGCAGUUCAAAAUAAAAAAUAAAAAAAAUUUCUCUCUUUUUUGUUUUCCCACAUAUACAGUAGUUAAGUUACUAUCCAAUUUGCAUAUUCUCACCCAAAGUGUAAGUUUCAGUCAGAGAGAGAGAGAGAGAUGAGUGGAGGAAAAGGGAAAGUGGUGUGUGUAACAGGAGCAUCAGGGUUUAUAGCCUCAUGGAUUGUUAAGCUCCUUUUGGAUCGUGGCUACUCUGUUCAUGCUACUGUCCGGUCUCUUGGUGAUCCAAAAAAGACAGAACAUUUGCUUGCACUUGAUGGUGCAAACGAAAGGCUAUCUUUGUUUGAAGCUAACUUGACUGAAGAAGGAUCUUUCGAUUCUGCAGUUAAUGGCUGCAUAUGUGUCUUUCACACCGCUUCUCCUGUUCAAUUCAUAGUUGAUGACCCUCAGGCACAACUGAUAGAGCCUGCAGUGAAGGGGACACUUAAUGUUCUUAAAUCAGCUAUAAAAGUUUCUUCUCUCAAGAGAGUCGUCUUGACAUCUUCCAUGGCUGCAGUUACGACUGGUGCAAAACUUCCCAGGUCUGGUGAUGUGGUGGACGAAACCUGGUUCUCAGAUCCAUUAAUCUGUAAACAAAAUAAGUUGUGGUAUCACCUUUCGAAGACUUUGGCUGAGGACGCUGCUGUGAAGUUCUCAAAAGAGAACGGUUUGGAAUUGGUGGCUGUACAUCCUGGAUAUGUGAUUGGUCCAAUCUUACAGCCAAUUCUCAAUCUUUCUUCUGAAUACAUCAUGCGAUUGAUAAAAUCUGGAAGUGAAUCAUCCUCAGAUGGAUUAUACAGAUUCGUUGAUGUGAGAGAUGUUGCUGAGGCACAUAUAUUAGGCUUUGAGAACCCGCAAGCUAACGGUAGAUACUUGAUGGUUGGUGAUAUGGUUCACUCUUCAUUAAUCAUGAAGAUCCUACACAAACUAUAUCCAACUCUUAAUCAUUCUGUUAGGUAUAAACACAGCAAUCCUGUUGAGCCACCUUUCAGUAUAUCGAGGGCAAAGGCCGAAAGUCUAGGUGUUGAGUUUACUCCAUUGGAGAGAGAGAUGAGCGUAGGAGAAGGGAAAGUGGUGUGUGUAACAGGAGCAUCAGGUUUCAUAGCAUCAUGGAUUGUCAAGCUCUUAUUGGACCGUGGCUACUCUGUUCAUGCUACUGUCCGCUCUCUUGGUGAUCCAAAAAAGAUAGAACAUUUGCUUGCUCUUGAUGGUGCAAAUGAAAGGCUUUCUUUAUUUGAAGCUAACUUGACUGAAGAAGGAUCUUUCGACUCUGCAGUUAAUGGCUGCAUUUGUGUCUUUCACACCGCUUCUCCAGCUAAAUUUGUAGUUGAUGACCCGCAGGCACAACUGAUAGAGCCUGCAGUGAAGGGGACACUUAAUGUUCUUAAAUCAGCGAUAAAAGUUCCUUCUCUCAAGAGAGUCGUCUUGACAUCUUCCAUAUCUGCAGUAACGACUGGUGUAAAAGUUCCCAGGUCUGGUGAUGUGGUGGACGAAACUUGGUUCUCAGAUCCAUUAUUCUGUGAACAAAAUAAGUUGUGGUAUCACCUUUCGAAGACUUUGGCUGAGGAUGCUGCUGUGAAGUUUUCGAAAGAGAACGGGUUGGAAUUGGUGGCUAUAAAUCCUGGAUUUGUGAUUGGUCCUCUCUUACAACCAAUUCUGAAUCUUUCUUCUGAAUACAUCAUGCGAUUGAUAAAAUCUGGAGAUGAAAUAUCCCCAGAUGGACUUUACAGAUUCGUUGAUGUGAGAGAUGUUGCUACUGCACAUAUAUUAGGCUUUGAGAACCAGCAAGCUAACGGUAGAUACUUAAUGGUUGGCAAUAUGGUUCACUCUUCAUUCAUCAUGAAGAUACUAAACAAAUUAUAUCCAACUCUUAAUCAUUCUGAUAGGUAUAAAGACGGCAAAUGUGUUGAGCCACCUUUCAGUAUAUCGAGGGCAAAGGCCGAAAGUCUAGGUGUUGAGUUUACUCCAUUGGAGGUAACCAUCAAGGACACUGUUGAAAGCUUGACGGAGAAGAACUUGUUAAACUUGUAAAACACCAAAUGAUGUUCGUGACUUUGUCUGUUAUUAGUUGCCUUAUUUUAAACUCUGGUUCAUCUCUACUUAUUCCAUUACGAUUAAUAAUUUUGGAGACA